AUGACUUAUAAACCUCACGAAACCAUCGCAGGCGAUGAUUUAUAUGGACCAGGAACGUUCAUAGACAAAGAAGUCUUACCAGUUCCUGAGGAUGCUCGCAGAAUAUUCGAAAUUUUGGCUUCCCGCACACCGGGAUUUACCAAAGACAAGGCAGCAUGGGACACCGUUCAGUUUGAGGGGAACCCCAAUCCCAUGAUACCUGGACCCAUCAAGUCUCCAGCGGUAUCAGCAGCUCUGCAUGCAAUGGCAGGUUUAGUGGGAAAUGAGCUCUUAGAGCUUCGCGACGCAAAAAAAGUGACUGAUAACAAUGUGACAGUUGAUACCGACCAUGCUGGAUUCUGGCUUGGUACCAUAUUAACCACGUACUUUGAUGGAGUCGACGCCUCAUCGCUAUCGCGAUCAGGAGAGUUGAAUAAGCUGUUCACUCGAGACUUCCAGCCAGGAUUCGGGAGGCCCAUUGCGCUUCGCACGACAGCGAUUUAUCAGACAAAGGAUCCAAAGGUUUGGUACCAAUUGCACGGCUCGCUUAAUGCGGACAAAACACUCAUUUCCAUGGGAAUGGAUCCAAAUGUCGUCUUAGGGUCCCCCCUAGAGUGCUACGAAUAUAUCCAAGAUCAUGUUCGACAAUGGAGUCCGGAUGAGCUUGAGAUGCAUAAUGUGCGCCACGGUCUUUGUGGAAGUAUUUGUUAUACCCCCGAUGCAUGGAGAAAGACCCUCUUCGGGAAGCGACUUGCGGAACAUCCUUUAGUGAAGGUUUCGGAGGAAUCGUAUGCAAAGCCCACGCCCAAGGUGCCUCUUCCUAAAGUCCAAUCUGAUCGACGACCACUUGCUGGAGUCAAGGUCUUGGAGAUGGUGCGAAUCAUCGCGGGUCCGGAGCUCGGGGCAACCUUGGCAUCAUAUGGAGCAGACGUUAUUCGAGUAAACUGCAGCCGGUUGCCAGAUUUGAACCUACUACAAAUGACAUUGAAUGCUGGAAAGCGUACCAUUGAUCUCGAUAUCACAAAAGAGGAAGACAUGGCUCGUCUUCGUGAGCUUAUUGCAAAUGUCGAUGUCUUUGUCCAAGGCUUUAGAUUGGGAUCACUUGGUCGAAAGGGGCUUGGUCUACAUGAUCUUCUCAGAGUGGCAGCCAAUCGGGACAAAGGAAUCAUCUAUGUUGAUGAGAACUGCUAUGGUCCAGACGGACCAUUCGCAGAACGUCCCGGUUGGCAACAGAUUGGAGAUGCCGCCUCGGGCAGCUCAUAUAUCAUGGGUCGAUCCCAGGGUUACGAGGAAGGGAAAAGCACAUUGCCAUCUCUUCCUGUUUCCGAUAUGAUAACUGGUAUUGUUGGGGCCCUGGGUGUGAUGAUUGCGCUCCGGGAACGUGCUAUCAAGGGAGGUUCCUAUCAUGUAAUGGCUUCGCUCGUCGCUGCAGACACCUUUGCACUAGAAAAAGAAGUCGGGCUAUACCCACCAGAAACUCUGCGAGGUAUCACUGAACAGUUUGAUUUUCACCCGAUCACCACAGAUCUUUUUGUGACAGAGAUUUUGAGAUUGGUCAUCGAUGGUUGGAAGAGAGGUCUUCCUGGAUACCUGGAUGAGAACUCGAAAUUCAUGAUGACUUUCGAUGAACCAGGAUUUUGGGGAAGGCAGACACUUUUGAAACCUGUCGCCAGACUUGGCGACCAAGAGGCCACACCGAGGUGGACUACUCCUCCGGUGCCGUAUUGCCACCACGAUAGGGGAAUCAAUUGGAAGUGA